AUGUUUACUUUUCGGUGUCUUUCCAGUCGGUUGCCAAUACGUUCAUUAAUUACUUCUCCUUGUCGUCAUGCCAUAGUUGGUGCUACGAAUCCUCAAAUCAAUAAUGAAAAUUAUCAAUCAACAAUCAAUUUAAUUAAAGAAGAUCUGAAUUUAAUUCAUCGUGACAUUUUACAAGUAAAUUUCGUUUUUCGUUUGUGCUGGAAAAAGAGAAUGGCUUCAUCUAAUGAUGAAACUUAUGAAUCUAUAGGUCUUGUUAAACCAGACGUAAAUGUUUACGUUAUUCCACCGCGACAAUCAACAACACGUAAACAUCGUGCUGCUGAUUGGAAACUAGAUUCACCAAAUUUUAUUUGUCGUUUAAAAAUCAUAUCAAAAGGUGAUAAAUGUUUAGUACGAUUAGAAGAUCGUAAUACAGGCGCACAUUUUGCAACAUGUCCUAUAGAAAAUUAUCCAUCGAUAGCUGUUGAAAAUGUUGAAGAUUCCACACGUUAUUUUGUUAUACGUGUACAAAAUGAGAAUGGUCAACAAGCAUUUUUAGGUAUUGGUUUUAAUGAUCGAUCGGAUUCAUUUGAUUUUAAUGUUGCCUUACAAGAUCAUUUUAAAUAUAUAAAACAAAAUAAAAAAAUUGAACAAGAAGAAAAAGUAACAAAUAAUCUUUCGUCUGAACAACAACAACAAUCCAAACUUGAUCUAAGUUUUAAAGAAGGUCAAACAAUAAAAAUAAAUCUUAAAAGUAGUUUCGCAGGUGAUGAACCAUCGAAAAAAUCAGUUAAAAAUAUGAAUGACAAUUUUACACCAGGAAUUUUACCUCCACCAAAAUCAAACAUUCCAAAAAUAACUCCACCACCACCAACUAAUUCCGAUUCAGAUUGGAUGCAAUUUUAA